AACUUGAUGGAGCUCGCAGAUCUGACGUGCUUUGAGGUGUGAUUUCGCAGAGGCCUUUCGGUAUGGCUUCACUCCUGGGCUGGCUUUCAGCUUAGCGUUGCCUCUGUGUGUUUUGGGAUAUAUAAAUGGAGUCGUUGUAGACGAGCUGUGGUACUGUUGGGCCUCUGGAAUGAUGCUUUGUGCUUGGCCUGAGUUGUUGUAGAGCAUCGUUUGGAAACAUUGGAGUGUUCAGUGCUAUGGAGUGGGGGGUUGUGACCAUCCUGUUCUACAGGAAACACAGCCUGACAUCAAUAAGAAGGAAACACGUUGGGUGCCAAAACUCAGAUUUGGUGAAUGCCAGCAAUGGCACAAGAGUGGCAAAGUUCCUGUUUUCUAAGCAAGGUUGAGUUCUAGCUGCUGCCUGGCUGAUGUGUGAAGGUUUGGUGUGUUGGAGGAGCUAAAGAAAGCUCUGUAGUAGCGUGGAGAUAAAGCAGAGCAACACUACACAACGACAGUAUUGUGUUGAACCUUUUGUAAAGCCGUGCUGCAGUAGCUUUGUGACCCCACGUGUAUUUUGGUAUUAAUGAGUGGAGGGUGAAGAGGUGCUGUGUGUGCUCUGGGGGUUGUUUUGGUGAUGCCUGGUAAUGUGUCAAGCAAUCUGUCAACCCUAAAAGGUACAGCUGAAUAGUGAAUGGGGUCCAGAAGCCACAAGGAUGCUCCAGAGGAUGGAGCACAUCUAUGGAGAGAGGCUGAGAGCUUGGGGUGUUCAGCCUGGAGAAGAGAAAGCUCGUUGUGGCCUUCAAGUAUCUAAAGGGAGCACAUAAACAGUGGGUAAAGCAACUGAUGUGUGUGAUAGGAUAAGAAGGAAUGGCUUUAAAUUACAAGAGGGGAGACUUAGGUUAAAUGAUAGGAGGAAAUUGUUUAGCCAGAGGCAUCUCAAUGCUGGCACUGUUGCCCUGAGAAAUGUGGGUGCCCCAGGCCAUGGAUGGAGCCCUGGGCAGCUUGAGCUGGUGGGGUACCCAGCUUAUGGGCGGCUGUGAGGUCCUUUCUGACCCAACCCAGCUUAUGGGGGGCUGUGAGGUCCCUUCUGACCCAACCCAGCUUAUGGGGGGCUGUGAGGUCCCUUCUGACCCAACCCAGCUUAUGGGGGGCUGUGAGGUCCCUUCUGACCCAACCAGGAGGUGAUUCCAUGUGCCAUAAGCUCAGAUCUCUGCCACUGGUUGCUGGAGUUUGUCUUAACGUUGAUCUGAUGGGAGAAAAAUCACAUUGAACUUAGUGAAACAUUUAUUUCUUGUUAGUGCACUUAGUGAUUAAAAAGUGAUGUAAGAACCUGUUUGUACCCAAGGAAUAGCUUUGCCUGGGCUGUCAGUGCUAUAAAUUCACACAAGGCAAAGCACUGUGUUUAUCUUCUUCAGAGCUCGUCUCUGGAGCCCUACAUUCGCUGUGGUCACAGCAGUUUUCUUUCUCCUCCUGGCACAGGUGGUUCUGCUCCACUCCUCCACUCAGGGAGCUGCCAAAGUCCCUUUUCAAGCACAUUCCUUUGACGCUGCCCCUUCCUUCUCAUUUACUCUCUUUCAUUAGCCCUUCCCUUAUUCCAAGGUUCAUCAGAAGUCUUUAUUCUUUCUUUGGGAGCCAUGGAUGCUCUGCUUCUGUCCUUCCAAGCUCCUGUUGGUUAUAAGCUGUCAGUACCAGGCUGGAUUUCUGUUUGGUUCUGAGGUUGCCCUGGUGCAUCCCCCAUGUUUGUGAGGAUUGCUUAGCACCUCACAGCCCUCUCCAGUAACAUGACUGAAUAGCCAAGAGCUUAUUGUGCUCUCUGGAAGAAGCACAGAACCUUAAGGGUUGAAGGGGACUUCUAAAGCUCUUCCCAAGCUGCCUUUCCUCAUCGAUUGAAUCUCUUUUACUUGGCCAAUGAUGUCAUACAGAACUGCAAGAGAAAAAACGCCAUCGUAUUCCGUGACACGUUUGCAGAAGUGCUUCCUGAAGCGGCUUCUUUAGUGAAGGAUCCGUCGGUUUCCAAAUCUAUAGAAAGAAUCUUCAAAAUCUGGGAGGACAGAAAUGUGUACCCUGAGGAGACCAUUUUGGCAUUGAAAGAAGCUCUGAGUACCACUUUCAAAACUCAGAAGCAGCUGAAAGAAACUCUGAACAAACAACCGAAUAAGCCGUGGAAGAAAUCUCAAACAUCCACAAACCCCAAAGCCGCUUUGAAGUCCAAGAUCGUUGCUGAAUUCAGACCACAGUCUCUCAUUGAUGAACUGCUAUUAUAUAAGCGCUCGGAAGACCAGAUAGAACUGAAGGAGAAGCAGCUUUCCACCAUGAGAGUGGAUGUAUGCAGCACUGAAACACUUAAAUGCUUAAAAGACAAAACAGGUGGAAAGAAGUUCUCCAAGGAGUUUGAAGAAGCAAGCUCAAAGCUGGAAGAGUUUGUGAAUGGCUUAGACAAGCAAGUGAAAAAUGGCCCCUCUCUAACUGAAGCCCUGGAGAAUGCUGGGAUAUUUUAUGAAGCACAGUAUAAGGAAGUCAAGGUGGUAGCAAAUGCUUAUAAAACAUUUGCUAAUAGAGUGAGCAAUCUGAAGAAAAAGCUGGAUCAACUGAAAGCAACACUUCCUGAUCCGGAGGAGUCUCCUGUCCCUUCUCCAAGUAUGGAUGCCCCAUCUCCAACAGGCUCUGAGUCCCCCUUCCAGGGAAUGGGGGAAGAGGAUAACUCUCAUUCUCCAGCAGUUGGAAGCCGUAAGCCAGGAUCUCCGGAGCCCGUGACAGAUAAUCGGGAUGUGGAGGACAUGGAGCUGUCUGAUGUAGAGGAUGAUACGUCUAAAAUUAUUGUGGAAGAAAGGAAGGAAAAGCAAGCUGCUCCAACUUCAGCACCUGUGAAGACUGAAAAUACCCCCAAAGUGGUGCCAUGUACCACUGCCACAGCCACAACCUCAGUGACAGUGACAGCACCUGCCCCAGCUCCUCCAGCUCCGAAGCCAGUGAGCUCAGCUCCCAUCUCUUCAUCACCAGCUCUUGCUUUGCCCAACCUCGCCAAUGUUGACCUGGCAAAGAUCAGCUCCAUUCUUAGCAGUUUAACUUCUGUAAUGAAAAACACAGGUGUCAGUCCUGCAUCAAGACCUUCUCCAGGAACCCCAACAAGCCCCACAACUCUUACUAGUGGCCUGAAAACUCCUGCUAUGGGGACUCCAUCUGCUCCUUCCAAUCCUCUUGCAAAUAUUCUCUCCAAAGUGGAAAUAACUCCUGAAAGCAUCCUGUCUGCUCUCUCCAAAACCCAGACUCAGACUGCACCAGCUCUGCAAGGUUUGUCGUCUUUGCUUCAGAGUGUUGCUGGAAAUACCAUUCAGUCAAGUGAAACUGCAUCACAGAGCACUACGGCAUCACCAGCCAACACAACCGUUCCUUGCUUGAAGGGAAGAAAUAUUCCUUCCAACACUCAGUCUUUUAUAUCCAAAACUUUUGGUUACUCUCCAAAUUCAUCAACCGCUGAGGUUUCCUCAACUUCAGUUAAUAAGGCUCCUGUUGGACAUACUGCAGGGCUCUCAAGUUCUAGUUUUAAGCCACCAACCAAUUCCCUGGGAUUUUCCAGCUCCCACCCUCCCAGUUCUUCUUCCCUUUUAACAACAGACACUUCAAUGAGUCAAUCCUCUGAAAUUUCAAAGGCAAAGCUGGAAUCAGAGCCCCCUUCUCCAAGCCUGGAGAUGAAGAUACACAAUUUCUUGAAGGGAAAUCCUGGCUUCAGUGGUCUAAACUUGAAUAUUCCAAUUUUAAGCAGCUUAGGGUCCAACAUCGCACCAGAAAGUCACUCCUCUGACUUUCAACGUGGUCCUACCAGCACUUCCAUGGACAACGUGGACGGAACACCAGUCCGCGACGAGCGAAGUGGGACACCCACCCAGGACGAGAUGAUGGACAAGCCGACCUCUAGUAACGUUGACACUAUUUCCUUGCUCUCUAAAAUCAUGAGCCCUGGUUCUUCUACUCCCAGCAGCACGAGGUCACCUCUUCAGAGCAGAGAUGAUGGAUAUCCCCAAGAACUUUCCAAUUCUGUUCAUACCUACCGGCCCUUCAGCCUGGGCAGAGAUUCUCCAGCCGGAAUGUACAAGCAGUCUGCAGACAGCAUGGAAAUACCCUCCUCUUUAAUGGACUCCUCUCAGGAGAAGUUUUACCCGGACACAUCUUUUCAGGAAGAUGAAGAUUACCGUGACUUUGAUUACUCUGGGCCACCGCCGUCUGCCAUGUUAAACCUGGAGAAGAAGCCAGCCAAGUCUAUUUUGAAAUCAAGUAAGCUAUCUGAAGGUGCAGAAUAUCAGCCAGUCCUGCCAAGCUAUGGUCAAAGAUCGCAGGAUUUUAGCGUCAAGUCGUCGUUUCCUCAGUCAAUGAGGUCUAUUCUCGAUCAGAGUGAGAGCUGCGACACACUAUCGACGUCUCCGGGGAUGUAUGGGAGCUACAGCCUGAGGGGAAACGACUCCACCUCGGAUGGAUCCCCUUCGCCCAGUAAGAACGAUGUUUUUUUCGCACCAGACUCCAAUCAUAACAACUUGUCCAAACCCGUGGUGCAUUCUGGCCUCUCACAGAAGCAGUACCCGGAUUCACCCCACUCGAUUCCCCACCGGUCACUUUUCUCUUCUCAGAGCACUCUUCCCAGCCCCGCAGGCAGACCGCCUGCGUCAGGCGUGGACAAGGCCCUGGGCUCUUCCAUUUCUGCCACAUCCACGAUUGAAUUCAAGAACAUGCUAAAAAAUGCUUCUCGUAAACCCUCAGAGGAGAAGCAUUUCAGCCAGAUCUCUAAAAGUACUUCAAAUGAAGGGGUUAGCCACAGCCAGGCUGCUGCUUCCAAAGGAGAGCAGCAGCAGCAGCAGCAAGAGGAGCACUACCGCAUAGAGACAAGAGUGUCAUCAUCCUGCUUGGAUUUGCCUGACAGCACCGAGGAGAAGGGAGCCCCUAUCGAGACGCUGGGCUACCACAAUGCAUCGAGCAGGGGUAUGUCUGGGGAGCCCAUCCAGACCGUGGAGUCCAUCCGAGUGCUGGGGAAAGGAAGCAGAGGACACGGACGAGAGGCAAACAGGUCGGGGUGGUUUGAGAUAAGCAACACGGGGAGCGCCUUUGACAAUGGACCCUCGAGCGCGUCGGAGCUGCCCAGCAUGGGUGGCUUCCAGGCGCAGUACAAGGAGCGCGUGCCGCCCUUCCAGGAGAGCGUCAACAACUUCAGAACAAACAACUUCAGCCCUGCUUUCGACCACCACAUGCCGCCUCCCAUCGCUCCUCCUCCCAUCGAGCACGGGACUCCUUUCCCCAGGGAUCCAGUCGGUCCCCCUGCCGGACCCCCGGCUGCGCCACCUAAGGAUCACGGCAGCCUCUUCCCGAGGGAUCACUCGGUCCCUCCCCACAUGCCGCCCGUGGAUCACACCAACCCCUUCUCAAAAGAAACCUCCUCUCCUCUCUCACUGCCCCAUGGCGUGCCCCCUCCUCCCUCCGUGGAGCACACCGGGGUCCCCUUCCCCACCCCCCCACCACCCCCCGUCCCUGGGGAUCACGCCGGCGUCCCCUUCCCCUCGCAGCCACCGCCAGCCGGGGAGCACGGCGGCGUGCCCUUCCCCGCUCCCCCCCUCGCCGUGGAGCAUGGCGGCAGCGCCUUCCCUAAGGAGCAUGGUACCGUUCACCAAGGGACGAUGAAAGAGCAUUUCAAUGUGCACGCGGGACCCAGGGAGCCAACCCAGCCCCAGCGGGACCACGGUGGUGCAACCCUGGGCCGCGUCCGCGAAGGCGUGGGGAUGGCCUCGCUGGGCAGGGAGCAGCUGGGGCCGACCCGCAGCGUCACCCCUAUCGGCCCAGCUCACAGAGACGGUGCGAACCGCGGCGGGAUGAUGGUCAGAACCCCGCGGGCAGAUUUCAGGCCCAGGGAGCCCUUCAUGAACAGAGACCCCUUUCACAGCCUGAAGAGGCCGAGGCCGACUUUUGGAAGGGGUUCCCCUUUCUUUGCACCAAAACGCCCCUUUUUCCCCCCCAGGUACUGAAGCAGACGCCGAUCUCUUAUGCGAAGGUAUUGGGACGUUGUAGGAGCAGUGGAGUAGCGCUUUCACUUGAUUUUUCUUUUACUUUUUCUCCCCCUCCACCCCCCCCUCAAAUCCCCUCCAACCCCCCCCCAACCCCCCACCUCCAAAACAACCCCCCCCCAUAUAACACUUUCCUAAAUUAAAUGUUCUGUAUUUUUUCGGUUGUUCAUUUCCUAAGGCCAUCCCCCCUCCCCCCCCACCUUUGGUUGGUGCGAGACUAGAGAAAAAAGAUGUUUUAACGAAAAGAAGUAUUGCUGUUGUAAUAAAAACUUCCAGUAGUAGUUGAAAACAAAACACACACACAAAAAAGAAAGAUGAAACGCGCGACGUUGGGAUGUUCUUUUAGCUGAUCACCAAAUGGCUUUGGCUCCUGAGUCCUCUGUGUCAGACACGAGGUCAGGGCAGGAGCUCGGCUGCUGGGAGGGGUGAAUAAAGGGUCCAAGCGCUUCGUGCUGUGACAAACACCAACCCUUCCUGUGCCUUUCUUGGGGACGACCCACCUUCCCCCCCUCCUCAAUCCCCUCCCCAUUGCCUGCAGCUCUGUCCCCUCCUGGUUGUGGGGUUUGGGGGGCAGCUGGGAGCAUUGGGCAUUGCAGCAACACCCCAAAGCUGCCCCAAGCAUCGCUCACUCCAGGAUCCUCAUCCAGCUGCAAACUGACCCACGUGCUCCCCAGCUCCCUGCAGCUCCCUGCCCCCAAAAGAGCAGGGAAUUCAGCCUGGUGCAGCACCAGGACCAGCAUGCAUCCCUUAUAUCCCCCCCCCUCCCCAUUACUGCGUCCUCAGCUCCAUUAUGGGCCCUCCUGUAGAUCUUAACCACGUUUGGGGGGGGUGGGGGAUGAAAAACACCAAACAAAUCCGUCGUCUGUUGUUUGUUUGGGUUCUUAUUUUUUUCCUGGGAACACCGUUGACUUUGUACGUGUGUAUAUAAUCACUUUUUAAUGGCAUCUCUUUGUUGACAAACACAAGCAGAUCCUGCAUGCAGAGCUAUGGGGUGAUGUCUGCUCCCCCCCCCCAUCCCACACACACUCACUCGGGGGGGGCUUUUAUAUGAAGUUGGAAUUUUACUUGAUUUAUUUUAUUUUUUAGUUGGUAGAACUCAUAUAUCCGUUUGAUAAGGGUGUAGGGUUAAAUAUCUACAUAAAGAUUACCAAACCAGA